CCCCUUCCCUCUUCCUGUAUUCAAGUGCUGGAAAAAAACAAAAAAAACAACAGGCUUUAUAACUUGUCAAAGGGCGCCACUUAAGGUUUUUCAUGCUUGAAAAAUAGUAGAGCAGGGAAUUCCUCAGAGGAAAUAGUUUCAGCGAGCCUGAAGAUGAAACCGAAAGAAAGAGAGUACCUGUCUGUGCGAUGUGCUCUGUCAGCAUCCUGUCAACAGCACACGCAGCCAAUUAGGACUGCAGCCAAAUGGCUGGGUGAGUUUUCUGUUUCUCACUCCACUGAUUUUGCAUCCACACGCUCACACGCACACACACACACGCUGUAAACAAAGCCAGCAUGUUCGCAUUUGAGUGAACGUUCGAUAAAAACCCGCGCACACACAUAAAAAUCUAAUAUGUGAACAUACUACUGUACAAUAAACAACAAACCAUGAUGCCUGAGAAUCACCCUCACUGCUCUGAAGUCUCUGUCGGCUCUUAUCCUGCCGCUGAUGCCAGUUGGCCAUUUGACUACAUUUCCAUACUGAGCCUGCACUGAGCACUUGAGGCCGAGCCUGCAAGUGGCGGAUAAGUUGUGUGUGUUUAUGUGUUUGGGGAGAUGAUGCCUGAACUUGAUAGCCUCUCUAUGUAAAAUCCAAGCUUCAGGCUAUGGAGUCCAUCCAGACACACAAAAAACAGACGGAGAAGGGCACACACACACGUGCACGCCCACACAGACACACACACACAUACAGACGCACUGCUCCUGUCUACCUCGGCCAUGCUACACUGGCUCCUGGUGCUACUUUGCAUAUCUGGCCUGACAUAACGAGGAGAUACUGUAUGGUGACUGAGGACAGUGGGUGUGGAGGUGGAAGGUGAUACUGCAACCUCGUCCGGUCAGAUAAAUAAAACUGACACAUCCAGAUGGUCGCAGCUCGCCACUUUCAAGCUAUCUUGCUGAAAAGAGUAGAAAAAGAAGGUCCAGGAGAUCAAUAAUCAUAGUCAUUAAGAAAUUUUCAGCUACAGGCCUCAAACAUUUACCGUCAAAUAAGUUGCCUUGUUCUCAUUUUGCAGCUCAUUUUUUGUUCUAUGAUUGUUAAGCAACCCUCAAACCCUCAAACUGGGAUCCGUCAGCCUGAAUCUCUUUAGGUAAAUUUGCAUUGUUGCAGGUAGGGCCGGGCGAUAAACCGAAAAUUUACCGAUACCGAAAUUUAGGACAAUAACAGACAUCAUUUUGCCCAUAUCGGUAUAUUUGGUUUUAAAAAAAAACUAAUAAACAGAGGUGCACAGUUAGCCGAGCAGGUUAGCCCGCCCCGUGGGGACCACAGCCUCGCAGCGCUUGUGGGUCGGAAUCCGGCCUCGACCAUGUGCUGCAUGUCCUUCUCUCUAUAUCCCCACAUUUCACUCUGUCCUAUCAAUAAAAAGGCUAAAAUUGCCCCAAAAAAUACUUAAAAAUUAAACUAAAUUAAAAAAUGAAAGUUGUUUUUGGAUGUGUGUAGGUAGGCUAUAGUCUCAGAGGGAAAGACAGGUGAGGAAAUGGAGGACGGUUCAAAAGUUGUAGCGGCUUGAGCGGCGGCUGAAGUAGACAAAGUUAAUGUGGGAGGGAGUGAGCAUCUUGUGGAGUAUUUAUCGUCCAUUUAUCGUUAUCAAGGUGAACUGCUUAAAUUAUCGUAAUAUUGAUUAGAAGGACAUAUCGCCCAGCCCUAGUACCAGGUGAAAGCCGAUCUCCUUGGAGAGAGUGCAAGAGAGCAAAGUGGCCUUCUCAAGAUUCCAGUCCACACACACACAAAGAGGACCAAGAGAGAGCUGAUUCGAGGGUCAAAUCAACAUCUUUCAAGCUUAACAAAAGCAGGACCUACACCUCAACGCCAUACUAACAGAUGUUUCACUGAGAAAAGCUGCUGUUGUCGAGAAUAAACAGACAGCCGAAAGGGUCCUUCUGAGACACUCUUGUGCAGGAAAGGGUGAGCCAGAGGGUGUUUACUAAAAGAACACAAUGCAUAUAAUAAAAACUCAACAGACUCAACAGAAAAUGCAUUAAUUAGUCUGUAGAGUUGGAAAUAAAAAGCGCUGCAACUGAGCGUCCUGGAGGCAGGCCUCCUCAGAAACCUUUAACAAAGCAUGCAGUUUGGGUGGUACGAAAGGGCGCCUGACUCGUGUGCCCUUUGAAGUGUUGUUAGAAAACACGGUCAUGUUUUCAUGGCGGAUAACAGCUUUAGAGGAUCCUGCCCAGUGAAUCUUAACUUGUGAUUUCAAUUGAAGGGCACAGGAUACAGCCGUCUGGGUGGAAAUUCAGGAGUUUGUAGUCAAAAAUAAAGACCCUCCGAACCCCAUCAAGAUAGCAGAACGCAAAAGUAGAACACAGAGAGCGCCAAGAAGCGGAGAAGGGUCAUCUUCCUCCCCUCACGCCACCUCUGGCGGCCCAACCUUUUUGUUUGGGGGCAAAAAUACCCACAUGCAUUCAAGGAUUUCUCCUCUUUGAUGCUGGAAUCCUUUCUUGAGACACAUUGAGCUUCCCCGAGCAAAAAAAUGUGUCAUUCAUAGCAGGGAAUUUAACGUACACCAGCCGAAAUAACUCAUCGUAUCAUGUGGAUGUUGCUCAGUCCAAGAGGUUGGCAGUUACUUCCUACUGUUUAAGUCCCUGACAGCCAAAGAAUCAGAUGGAGGGGAUCCAAAAUGUCGCCUUUUGGCUACGUAUCAUCAUGAGCAAUCAUAUCCAUUCCCAAGGGAGGGUGAUAUCGCUUUCAGGCAGUCAUUGCUGUGUAGUGCUGGAUUCUUGUAGUGACUCUCAAUAGUCUUCCUCUUGGCUCUUUCGGUCCAAGUGUGUCACCGCAAAACUGGGACCCCAGCAAGACCUCACUGUAAUAGCUGAAGGAGAACGCCCUGCCAACCUGAGAUACUACAACGGGAACUAGACCCUUUUAGUCACAUUCAGAGACCAUGCAGGGUCUGAGUGGGAAUCAAAGGUGCUCCUGUUGUUUUAGACACGCUGAAACUUGCUCCACUUCCUUGUCCUUCUUGCAGGAGGUGCUCCACGUUCAGCCAAACUCGUCAUCCACUCUGACAAACUUGCUGGAGAGCAAUCCGACCAAGCAGCGCAGAGAAGACGUGCUGUCAAACUGCUACAAACAGUCCAAGGUCUUUACCAAAUAUGGAGCUCCGUCACGUUAAGACGCCGGGGAAUGGAGAACGCUCUUGCAAGUCGCUGGAAAGAUGGCUUGGCAGACACAUGA